ACGCACCCUUUCGGUAUCGCAGAGCUCACCAAACCUGAUUACAUCAUCUCUCCAUACAAUCUCAAGUAGCUCUGAGAAAGAAGCUUCUGCCAUCAUCUCAAACAGGAUGUAUCCGAAAGUGACCAUAGAAUAUUGUGCCAGAUGCAAAUGGCACAAUCGGGCUGUGUGGUAUCUCCAGGAAAUCUUACAGACAUUUAGCGACCCUGAGAAAAAUCUCGUUGCAGAAGUUGCUGUCCGCCCAUCAUACGACAAGCCUGGUAUUUUUGUUAUCGAGAUUUCUACACAAGAUGAUGUUAGCAAAAUCAUAUACUGUCGAAGAUUGAAAAAAUCAGGGCUUCCGCAAACAGAAUCAUAUCACUAUGAUGGAUUCCCAGACUCAAAAUUAUUAAAAAACCUUAUACGAGACAGUCUCUUUCCAGAGCACGGUCUAGGGCAUCUGGACGGUAAGGCCGAUCUCUUGACUGAUUGCAUCCCCUGUAGAGAAAAUGAGUGAGAAACUGCGUUGACUUUUGAAUGCAAUAUGGGUUCUCCGAAUCCUUUACAAACAUGCUUUGUGAACAAAUUAUCGGAUAGGAUGCUGUUGCAAAUGAAUUUGUCACUAUGCUCAAUACAAUGUCUUUUUGACAUGGAAUUCAUCUAGAAAUGGAAUUAAAAAAAUGAGUACUUUUAACGCCGGCUUUUGGGGUUUAGUAAGCCGAUUAUUCCAGGAGGUGAAGCAUCCCAAGCACUCCAACUAACUUGA